GCAGGAAGUCACCAGAGAUGGAGCCGUUUUCCCUUUCAGAGUCUGUCAUCUGAACCAUGAGGAUCUGGUGGUUUCUGCUUGCCAUUGAAAUCUGCACAGGGAACAUAAGCUCACAGAACACGUGCAGGCAAGGGCACCCUGGCAUCCCUGGGAACCCCGGUCACAAUGGUCUGCCUGGAAGAGAUGGACGAGACGGAGCAAAGGGUGACAAAGGGGAUGCAGGAGAACCAGGACGUCCUGGCAGCCCGGGGAAGGAUGGGACAAGUGGAGAGAAGGGAGAACGAGGAGCAGAUGGAAAAGUUGAAGCAAAAGGCAUCAAAGGUGAUCAAGGUUCAAGAGGAUCCCCAGGAAAACACGGACCCAAGGGGCUUGCAGGGCCCAUGGGAGAGAAAGGCCUCCGAGGAGAGACUGGGCCUCAGGGGCAGAAGGGGAAUAAGGGUGACGUGGGUCCCACUGGUCCUGAGGGGCCAAGGGGCGACAUUGGGCCUUUGGGCCCAACUGGUUUACCAGGUUCCAUGGGCCCUAUUGGAAAGCCUGGUCCCAAGGGAGAAGCUGGACCCACGGGGCCCCAGGGUGAGCCAGGAGUCCGGGGAAUAAGAGGCUGGAAAGGAGAUCGAGGAGAGAAAGGGAAAAUCGGUGAGACGCUAGUCUUGCCAAAAAGUGCUUUCACUGUGGGGCUCACGGUGCUGAGCAAGUUUCCUUCUUCAGAUGUGCCCAUUAAAUUUGAUAAGAUCCUGUAUAACGAAUUCAACCAUUACGAUAUAGCAACGGGGAAAUUCACGUGCCACAUUGCUGGGGUCUAUUACUUCACCUACCACAUCACUGUUUUCUCCAGGAAUGUUCAGGUGUCUUUGGUCAAAAAUGGAGUAAAAAUACUGCACACCAAAGACGCUUACAUGAGCUCUGAGGACCAGGCCUCUGGCGGCAUUGUCCUGCAGCUGAAGCUCGGGGAUGAGGUGUGGCUGCAGGUGACAGGAGGAGAGAGGUUCAAUGGCUUGUUUGCUGAUGAGGACGAUGACACAACUUUCACAGGGUUCCUUCUGUUCAGCAGCCCGUGACAGAGGAGAGUUUAUAAAUCAGCCACACCAUCCAUCAGAAUCAGCUUGGUGAUGAACUUAUUCAGAUGGUUUUACUUUAUUAAUUUCUCCAAUUAUUACAAUAAUCAUAAAAAGGUGAAAACGGAAAAGUUAUUCCCAAAACUGAUUCUGUGUAACUUACUGUCUUUCCAGGAGUAAAUAUUGAAAAUAGCUGCAUGGUUUAUUCUAAUUUACUUCACAUUUCUUAUUCCUAUUAUCUGAAGAUCCUUUGCCUGUGUGUUUCUUGUGGGAAGAGUGUUUUGAUACCAUUUUAGUGCUCUGAGGAGUCAUGUGAAGAUGUAUCCCUCAUCUGUGUUUCUGCGGACAGUAAGGGGAAAGAAAAGGGAAAUCUUUAUUCCAUUUAGUACUAGUAACAGCUUUAAGUUGGUGAUGCUGUCACACUCCAGAAAGCUGUAGACACUGCUCAUUUUGUCUUUUUUUAAAAAAUUAUUUUUAAGUUCUGGGAUACAUAUGCAGAACGUGCAGGUUUGUUACAUAGUAACAUGUGCUGUGGUGGUUUGCUGCGUCCAUCAACCCGUCACCUAGGUAUUAAGCCCUGCAUGCAUUAGCUAUUUGUCCUGGUGCUCUGCCUCCCACUUUGCUCAUUUUCUAACCUAGGUUUUAAUCACCAUUCCAUCCAACAAAUCAUUGUUUGAUCAUUAUUUGCGAGGCGUGAAUCUCUAUUUGUUUUCUAGGGUUGCCCAAAUAAAAUGUGCAAAGUGAGAGUCUUUAAACAACA